AUGGACACAGCGACGCACGCCGAAGCAGGCUCUAGAGAGCCGACAGAAUCCAUGCAAUCCGGUCACUGGCUUCCAGCCCUGCGCCCUGACACCAUCGAUGAGGUUCAUGAGGAAUCGAAAGACGAAGAGCCAUCGAGCAGGAACGGCGAUUCGAAUCCGUUUGGCCGGACGAUGAUGACGGUGGUUCCUCCAACUCCUAUUUCACAACAGAAUGGGCAUUUCGGUCUUUCGACGGAAGAUGCAUUCACACAGCCGAGCAUUGAAGAUAAGCCUGCAACGGGUGUAACGGGCGCAGCCCUGUCUAACGGGCAGGGGACGCAUACAACGUGGACCUCUCAACCUUCAGGCGGAAGUCUUGAGAGCGAUGAACUUCCGUCUGAUGAUGACAAUGAGAGACUCGAUCCCGCUUGGGGAAUCAAACGACUCGACACUGCACAUAUUCUUGACAAAGUGCAUCGCUCCACGACAUUUCCCGAGUUCAAUCCGCCCGAGACCGCAAAGGACCAACCCUUUAUCGACACGGCGAAGAAUGGAACGGUGGUGGAGAUGGUUAACGGCACUACAGAAGCUAGCGAGGCAACACGACAAGAAAGCGGUGCCACGGAGCCUCAGAGUCUGUCCUGGAUGAACGAUGAUCAUGAUGGGACACGCGACCCUCAGUCGUGGACGAUUCCGGCGCAGAGCGAAAUGGUUGAUGAGGAAGCUGUGCGCUUUGAAGAGGGCGUGCCGCUUAUCCAGGCGGAUGAGACGAGCCCUGCUGAUCCAGGGGCCCCGGAUGAAGGAUCACAACAAAAUUCCUUUGAGGCGGCGCAAGAUGACGAAGAAUCGACCUUCUUUUCGAACAUCAGCGGGUCUUCAGCCACUGUUCCGCAAAACCCUUCCCUUGACAGGAAGUCCACCGCUCAGGUGCUGAGGUCGCUGGAUCUACCUAAUGAUGAUAGACAAGAGUCUCCGCCGACGUCGGCAUCCGCCGAAACCUCUUUCUUCGACGAGCUUGCCGCCGGGACAGCGUCUAAAGCGGACAAUAAAAUGCCCGUCAUCCCGGAAGAUGUUGACGCUAUGUGGGCAGAAGCACUUGGAGACGAGGAGUUUUUAGUGGAAGAUGCCGACGACCUGCUUCCUGAUUCCGAGCCUGGAUCGCCGUCCUCUUUUAUUGCAUCCUUACAGGACUCAUCCACCGUACCUAAUAUCCCGCCCACAGAACCGGCACCAAACACUGUCCUCCAACGACAAGUCCAACCUCGAAGGGAGAGCUCGGUCAACUCAUAUGCGCCUCAUCAACCGUCUACCUCUGAUAUGCUUCAGCUAUCACCUACAACACGUACCACACAUAACAAUGUGGGACUGUCGCGUCCUGAAUUGGCUCCGAUGGGUUCUUUCCAAGCCCAGUUACAACAGGAAGCACAAUCUCAGAACGUAAAGAGCUUUGUUGAUCAGGCAAAAGACGGUUAUAAAUCUCCGUAUGAUCUGCCCCUGGAACUCAGCAAAUCAAGGAAGAGAGCCCAUGUUCCCCAGCCCGUCCAGACAACAAGGUCUGUUGCGCCGCCACCGAGGAGUAGCAGCCUGUCCGAAAAGCCCUUACAAUCACCUUUCCUUCCGAACGUGCCACCGAUGUCAGGAUCUGGCGUUAUGCCACCUCCAGCACCGUCGCCCGCCAUGCCGCCGCGAAGCGUCUCCGCCUUUGCGUCCAGCAGGCCCGAGGCACCGACAUCUGGUUCUUCUUCAAGCUUCUUCGAAGAAUUGCCGUUGGCAUCAAAGCCACGACAUACUGGUCGCCACACUCCUCAACAUACCAUGGUUGCUCCUCCGCCGCCGUUGCCGGCACAAAGUCCCCCUGUUGCUCCUCCGCCUCCUCAACAGCACACUUCCCUUCCUGGACCCCCUGAUCCAUAUUCUCAGUAUCAGCUGCGACCUCCCGAACGCUUGGAUCCUUAUGCAAAUGUCCCGCUGCAGCCCCCUCCUGUACCAGCAGCUACAACUGCCAGGUAUUCGCCGGCACCUGUCACAUCAACCCUAGGCCCUAGGCCGGGGCCAUCUCCUCGAUAUUCUCCAGCGCCUCCCCCACAAACUGCAACUGCACCUGCGGCAAGGUAUGCAGCACAACCGACGCCACCACCUGCUCCAUCUCAAAGCGCAGCAGCAAUGCCAAAUAAACCGCCAUCACAACAUCCGCAUGCCGGGCCCGCUAUCCUGCCUUUUCAGCCUCGGACCUCAAGUCCACUUGCGUAUCACAAGAGUUCAGUGGAUGAAAAUGUCAACGGCGUACCUCUUUCAGUCAUGCAGACUUCGCCCCCGCCUGCACCUGCAACCCAGCUCUCACCUCCUGGUACCACUGCAUCUUAUCCGAUAACUUCCCCUGACCGAGAUGGCUUGGUAGACUCUAGUCAGGCUUCAGCUACCAGACAACCCACCGGCGAACAAUUACUUCCUCCACGCCGAUCACAAACUCAAUCUCCCUCCAAGCAACGCCCUCAAGGAGCGUUUCCUGUUCACUCGAGCGACAUCAUCAACCGUCCAGCCUCUGCAUAUGGACAACCGCCACCCAGAAGGACCAUUGCCCCAAUGGAGCAGCAUGUUCCAUCCGCAAGGCCUAGUGUCCGAGCUCGAGGACUAGCUCCGGAGACUGAGUUCGUACGGCCUCAAGAUGACACGCAAUUCGACCCUUUGGAGCGUUGGAAGGGUGCUCCUUUGUUCAGAUUUGGGUUUGGCGGCACCGUUGUGAGCACCUUCCCGAAACUUGUGCCCAGGUAUGCGACGGGCGCGGUACGACCUCAAAUCAAGCCUACAGCUGGAGCAGUGUCGAUUCAAACCGUGAAAGAUGUGCUUCCGCUGGCGGAACUUUGGAAUCAGUUUCCUGGCCCGUUGCGAUCCAAGUCCAAGAAGAAGGAUGUUUUGUCUUGGAUGACAAAUUAUAUAUCUGGCAUGGAGACGGACACCCCGAACAUUGUUCAUGCUCCAUCUCAUGACGGUCCGAGUUCACGGCAUCAUGAAAAGGUCUUGCUCUGGAAAGUCGUUCGUGCCCUGGUGGAACACGAUGGAUCCCUUGAUGGACCAGCACUGAAAGCAAUCAAUCUCCUGCUUUCCCCUGAGGUCCAUAAUGUGGAUCUGUCAAGUCCAAUUCAGUAUCGCGAGGGUGAACCGGCUUCCGGUAUCUACAGACCUCCUGGUGCAAAUGUGCGCCCCGACUCAGUGGACCCAAUGGCAGUUGAGACUUUACGAAAGCGCUUGCUCGGUGGUGACCGGGAGGCAGCUGUGUUUCAUGCUAUGGAUAACCGCCUGUGGUCUCACGCACUCAUCAUAUCUUCGACAAUGGACCGUUCAGUCUGGAGCCAAGUGGUGAGAGAGUUCGUGCGCCAAGAGGUGAAGACUACCGGCGAGAACACUGAGUCGCUCUCUGCUCUAUACGAAAUCUUUGGAGGUAACCUUGAAGAAAGUAUAGACGAGCUAGUUCCGCCGUCUGCUCGUGCCGGGCUCCAAAUGGUGAGCAAAGUCGAUGCGGGUGGACCAGCAAAGAAUGCUCUGGAUGGACUGAAUCGAUGGAAGGAAACUUUGAGCCUCGUGCUGAACAAUCGGUGUCAAGGCGAUCAUCAAGCGUUGGCAGUCCUUGGAAAACUCCUUGAGGAUUACAAUCGCAUCGAAGCGGCACAUAUUUGCUAUCUCUUCUCCAGGAAUCCUCACAGACCGGUUCUGUUCGGUGGGCUCGAUGAAGAUCAUGCGGCUAUCGUCUUGCUCGGCGCAAACCACAAAACCCAGCCCUUCGACUUUGGCCGCGACCAGGAUGCUAUUCUGCUCACUGAAAUUUACGAGUUUGCGACGAGCAUUCUAGCCACCGGCGCAUCCUUAUCAUUCAUGCCACACCUUUCUGUUUUCAAGUUGCAACGAGCGGCAGCCAUGGCGGAAUCCGGAUUGAGAUCUGAGGCGCAAUCUUAUUGCGAUGCAAUCGCGUCCACAUUCAAGUCGAGCACAAAGAUGUCAGCAUAUUAUCACCCGCUAUUCCUGUCCGAGCUCGAUGAUUUAUCGAACCGCCUCAAACAAACGCCAGUACAAGGGUCGUCGUCCUGGAUUGGAAAGCCUAGCCUAGAGAAAGUCGGAGGCUCUAUGUGGAAUAAGUUCAGCAGUUUCGUUGCAGGCGAUGAUAGUGACGCAGAAUCCAAAGGCUCAGGAAAAGACGCAGUCGAUGCAGGUCCAUUUGCGAACGUUGCCGGCACGCCGUCGAUCAGCAGACCCGCAUCCCAGUCGGACAUGUAUGGAUCUUACCCACAAUCUGUCCCUGCAACAGUUGCUGGAUCCAGAUAUGCACCUAACGGCAUGCAAUCAACGCGAUCAUCUUCAGAGCUCACGCGUGGACGACCGUCUCUAGAUUCUCAAAGAUCACCUCCAUCGACGUCCCACUCCCAGAGCAAUCACCAAUACGAGCCAAUGAACAUGUUUCAGCAUGUCCAAGCACCGCCUGCUGCGAACCCUUAUCAAGCUUUUGCCACAGCAUCGCCCCCAAAUGCUUUCCCGCAAAGCCCUCCGAGGUCUUCUUACGCGCCGAAUAAUAGUGCUCAGUCAGUGUCGGCAAACCCGCCUCCCAUGCACCCGAACACGUACGCGCCAACUCCACCCGCUGAAGAUGCUAUCCGACAAUCAUAUGGAUAUACUUCCGAGCCGGCUGUACCAUCCCAGAUCCCCGAAGAACCAGCGUCUUAUAGUGUCUAUGAACCGCCUCAACCUGGGGACUCUGAGACACCUCAGCAGGAUGUUGAUGCUGGCAUGGGCUUUGAAGCCCCGACACAGUCUUAUGGCUACGAGCCUCCUACUGGCGCCGGCUAUGUUCCCUACGUUCCGGAGCCGGACUCCCCAGAAGAAGCACCUAACGAGGUAAAGUCUAAGAAGAAAUCAUUCAUGGAUGACGACGACGACGACUUCCCCCGGAUAUCGCACCAGCCGCAGGACUCCGAGCCGAAGUCUUCAGUAGGAGAUGAUACAGCGCGCAAACGUGCGAAUGACGCCGCAGCAGAAGCAGCCUUUCGUGCUGCAGCAGAAGCAGAUGCUGCUCGCGAAAAAGAGAAGAAAGAAUCAAAAAGAUCAUCAUCGUGGUUUGGUGGAUGGCUGGGAGGAAAGAAGGCUGAAAGCUUGGAUGCCGGUCCAAGCAAGGGCGUUGACCAGAAGGUCUACAAGGCCAAUCUAGGCGAAUCGAAGAUGAAACUGUACUUCGAUAAAGAACUUGGGAAAUGGGUGAAUCCGGACAAUCCGGACGCAGCAAAGAAGACAGCAACCCCUCCACCUCCAAGAAUGGGUGGCACCCCCGGACCUCCUAACAGCUCUGGAGGGCCUCCAAGGCCACCAAUGACAUCUACACCUCCUAUCUCGCAUCCGAGUAUGCCAGGCCUAGGAAUGGGGCCGCCAUCAGCACCAUCGAGUCGCGCUGGUACUCCUGCCGAAGCAGCUGGAAGUUCAGCAAGGCCCUCGUCACAGAUUGGAGUUUCUGGCCCUCCCAGCGCCACCAGUACCCCGCCAAUCGGUCACCCUACAACACCUGGCCUUGCUCCACCACCGCGUCCAGCUACAGCAAUGAGCAAUGCUAGCAGCAUUGAUGAUCUGAUCGGCCCAGCAACGGGACGAAAGCCUGCGAAGGCUGGCAAGAAAGGCCCCAAAUCGGGCAGAUAUGUGGAUGUGAUGGCGCAAUAG